UUGUUCUGUUUACUUAGCUAUUGCUCCUGAAAAACAGAAGAGGUGACUAAAACCCUGCCAGGCAUUUCUUUUCCAUUUAGUUUUUAAGGAGCCUUCUAUUCAGGUGGCCUUUUUGAUUCAGUUAUGAAACCUUACAUUGUACUAGUACUCUGCUGUAGCUUUUUCUGCAGCAGAGCCAUCCCUCUUCCAUUUGAAUUGUCCGACUGUGAUGACCCUGAUGUCUUUAAAGCUGUCGAUGCAGCACUGCAGAAGUACAAUGGCGACAGAGCAACUGGUAAUCAAUUCGCUCUAUACGUGGUGAUGGAAGCCAAGAGAACUGCAGGUCCUGACCCACAAUUCUAUAUGAAAUAUCGAAUACUUGAAACUUCUUGUGCCAUUGAGGAAAACAAACCCUGGCAACACUGUCAUUACAAACCAUCUGCAGAGGCUCAAACAGGAGAAUGCACAGCUCGAGUUCACAUGAAUGAUGCCGAAAAAACAAGUAAUGUUACACAAGAGUGCAAAAUUUUCUCAGAUGUGUCAAAGAUAAGAGUUACUCACAUUCCAUGUCUUGGAUGCUAUCAUCCUCUAUCAGCUGACAGUUCACAAGUGUCAGAAAUUCUGAAUAGAGCCAUUCAGAAGUUUAACAAGCACAGUGAUGAGCCUGCCCUUUUCAAGCUCAUAGAAAUAAAACAAGCUAAAAGACAGGUGGUAGCUGGAUGGAAUUACAUAAUUGAAUAUGAAAUUGAGGAGACAAAUUGCUCCAAAGAGCAAUUUCCAGAUUUAACUCCAGAGUGCAGAACCACUUCUAGAGGUCAUGUAGGCAAAUGUGAGGCCAAAGCAUACCAGAAUCUUCAGGCAGAGAUCGCAGAUAUCAAGACCGAAUGCAAACUUCGAGCUGAGGAACCAGCACAUCCUGCCACUUGCCCAGGCUGUCCACAGACCAUCUCAAGAACCAGUCCAGAACUGCAGAAUCUACUGGAGCUUUCUAUGGAGAAGUAUAAUUCAGAGAGCAAUUACGAUUUCCACUAUAAACAUGGAGAAGUACAAUCAGCGACAGUUCAGGUGGUUGCAGGAAAAAAUUAUGAAGUAAAAUUUAGAGCCUGGAAGACAAACUGCUCAAAGAGUGAGUUUGAAAAGCUUAAUGAAGACUGUGAAGCCACAUCAGACAGUGCAUCACUGUUGUGUGAAGCACAAGUUUAUGUGGUCCCAUGGGAGAAUAAAAUCACUCCAAUGAUUAAAUGCUCUGAAGAACGAACAGUGGAAUUUUUUGCAAGAAGGCCUCCUGGAUUCACACCUUUCCGGAGUGCUUUACCCUCCUCCCCUGCAGAAGACAGUCAGAGUCCUGGCAAAGAAACAAAGGAAGAUGCUGGACAGGAACCGGAAGGCAAAGAUCGCCCAGAAUCUCUUCACCCCAGAUGUCCUGGAAAACCAUGGAAACAAAUUAUGGAUCUUCCAGACCCUCCUAGCCUUCCCACAGAAUUCACAAAUGAGGAUCUCUUGCCUUCUGCAAACGUUGAUUCAGCAACAGCAGACGAAGAGAAAGACUUUGAUCUCGCAGAUGCCUUACAAUAAUUCAAACAUUACAGGAUCCUUUUCAGAAAUGAUACACAGAAAA